CACCACCUCAUUAGCAUAUGACGCGGGAAGGCGGAAGCGGUGGCGGGAUGGGGCGGUGCGGGUCCGCCCUGCGCCUGGCCCUGGAAGGGAACAUCGGAGCAGAGCGGGGGACCCCCCCUCACCCUGCGCCCCUAUCCCCAUAGCCGUGGGGAAAUCGACUUUCCUGAAGCUGCUGGGUGCCACCUUCCCCGAGUGGCACUUGGUGACCGAACCGGUGGCCCAGUGGCAGAAGGUGCCAGCCCGCGGCACGGAGCAGGCAGCCGUGGGCUCCACCAACCUUCUGCAGAUGAUGUACCAGGAGCCAGCCCGAUGGUCCUACACCUUCCAGACCUUCUCCUUCCUGAGCCGGCUGAAGGCGAUGCUGGAGCCGCUGGAUGAGCCCGAGACCCCCAGCCCUGUGCAGGUCUUUGAGCGCUCCAUCUACAGCGACAGGUACGUCUUUGCCAAGAACCUCUCCGAGGCCGGGCACCUGCAGCCCUUGGAAUGGGCCAUUUACCAGGACUGGCACAGCUUCCUGCUGCAGCAGCUCGGGCCCCGCACCGUGCUCCAUGGGCUGCUGUACCUGCGGGCGACACCGCAGACAUGCCUGGAGCGGCUGCGGCGCCGGGCGAGGAGCGAGGAGCAGGGCAUCCAGCUGGCAUACCUGCAGCAGCUCCAUGCCCAGCACGAGCAGUGGCUGGUGGAGAAGAGCACGGAGGUCCACUUUGCAGACAUGAAGCACGCGCCUGUCCUGGUGCUGGAUGUGGAGAAGGACUUCGAGCACGAUGCGGCCGCACAGGGUGGCCUCAUGGCACAGGUGAAGGCUUUUGUGACCGUGCUGCAAGCCAAAGCUUUGCCAUCACAUCCUGACCCGCACUGAGCAGCAGCAGCAUCAUUCCUGCCCUCUGGUACCCACCUCGAGCCAGCUCCGGCCGAAGAUCCCAAAGGACAAGGGCCAAAUCCUGCUCCCCAGCUGUCCCCUUUGGUCCUUAUUAUCCGGGGUGUAUUUAAGGCACUGGCAGCACGGGAUGGUUUCAGGGUGAAUGAUGAGCUUUGGGGACCAGGUCGUGACCAUGACCCCCUCCCCAUCUAUAGGGAUUCCCUAUAUGGAUGCUGGAGCCAGGAUGCUCCAUAAGGUGGCUCAGUUCCAAUGGGAAAUCAUCGUGGCUCACGUUUAGCUCACACCAGCCCCUGUAUUUGGUUCUUUUGUAGAUAUUUUAUCCCUUUAAAUUAAAAUCUAAGCUCUUCUGCA